GUUUUCAAAAAAUGUAUAAAAGGUGUUGAGUGUUAGAUAUGAAAAGCAUCACGAUGGUUACAUUUACAUAUCAAUGUUCGGAGAGAAGAAGAAGAAAAAGUAAAAGAGUAUGUCCUAUAUAAAAAGUACGGAUAUCGUCGUUCCAACCUCUCAUGGUCAAAGACUAGAGUGGCCCGGCAACAUCACCCAUAAGAUGUUAAAUAGACUACGGCUAAGAUCAUUCUUUUCAUCAGAAGUAGGUUGUGGUAUUUACUGUUCCCCCCCUAUUCCAUCAUUUUUUGUUCUUUUUUUCCUUUCUUAUAUAUCCCAAGCACGUCUCUCCCUCCCAGAUUAGCAGAUGGCGUGCGUCUUCCCCGUCUUCCCCUGCAAAGAGUGUCCCUCGCCCUU